CGAAGAGCACUAGUCAGUCGUAUGACUUCACAAAGUCGCGCCAUCGUGUGGUGUGGCUACGUCGCCUUGCAUUGCAGCCAAGAGCAACAAGGUUCAUGCACUGCCCUCACGAAGUGCCUGCACGCACCUUGAAUUUGCUCAAUGGACCUGCCGCCACGUUCCGCUGCCGUCCUCGUCCUCGCCGUCGUCGCCGCCUGCCUCCCGUGCAUGUCGGCCGAGGACCAGCUGGCCGUCGGGGACAAGCUCCUCGCCCGGGAUACCAUCGUGUCCGACAGCGGCGACUUCGCCCUCGGCUUCUUCUCCCCGGACGACUCACCCGCCGCUCCCGCGAGACGGUGGUACCUCGGCAUAUGGUACCACAGCAUCCCCGGGCCUCAAACCGUCGUCUGGGUGGCCAACCGGGACGCCCCAGCCGCCGGAGAGCCUACGCUCGCGCUGGCCAACGACUCCAGCCUCGUCCUGUCCGACGCCGACGGCAGCGUGCUCUGGACCACGCCCGGCGUGGGCACAUCGUCCUCGCAGCCGGCGCCAGCCGAGCUCGGGAACGACGGCAACCUGCUCAUCCUGCUGCCGAACGGCACGGUGGUGUGGCAGAGCUUCGACCACCCGACGGACACGUUCAUGCCGGGGAUGAAGGCCCGGCUGAGCCGCCGGACGGAGAGGCGUGACUGGAUCGUGUCCUGGACAUCCCCCCGCGACCCGGCGCCGGGCCCCUUCUCCUGCGGCCUGGACCCCGUCACGUCGCUGCAGCUGCUCAUGUGGAACCGCACGCGGCUCUAUUCGCGCACCCCCGUCUGGACGGGGUACGCCGCGUCCGGGACCAUCGUCAGCGCCGGCAUGGUCAUCAACACGGCGAUAGUGGUCGUGGGCACCGAGGAGGAGAUCUCCAUCACCUUCACAGUGUCCGGCAGCCCGACGCCCACGCGGUACGUGGUGACCAGCUCCGGCACGUUCCAGCUCCUCAGAUGGAACGGCACCGCGUCGGCCUGGGACACGCUCCAGUCGUGGCCGUCCAGCGGGUGCACCACCUAUGGCCGCUGCGGCGCGUACGGGUACUGCGACGCCACGGCGGCCCCGCCGUCGUGCAAGUGCCUCGAUGGGUUCGAGCCGGCGAUACCGGCGGACUGGAGCGCCGGCAGGUUCGAGCAGGGCUGCCGGAGAACGCAGGCGCUCCCGCCGUGCGGCGGCGGCGGGCAUGGUUUCCUGGAGAUGCGGAGCAUGAAGGUGCCGGACAACUUCUCGCUCGACGCCGGCAACCGGAGCCCGGAGGAGUGCGCGGCGAGGUGCGCCGGCAGCUGCUCGUGCGUGGCCUACGCGUACGUCGACCUGCACAGCAGCAGCGCGCGGCAGCUGCGGUGCCUGGUGUGGGCAGGGGAACUCGUCGACGCACAGAUGAUCGGCGCGCCCGGCCAGACGCUCUACCUCCGCGUGCCCGUUGCUGCAACGUCCACAGGUGGAAAUGCAGUGAAAAUAGCAGUGCCGGUGGCAGCAUGUGUGCUGGUGCUCACAUGCAUUUUCUUUGCAUGGUUCUGGAGAUUCAGAGGCAAUUUUACAGACAAGAGGAGGAAAACCGAGAGCCAGAAGAAGCUAAUGACUGGCAGCGCGAACACCCCGAGCGAAGUCGGCGAAGGAGAUCACACUGGUGACCUUGAGUUCCCCUCCUUACGGUUCGCCGACAUCGUCGCUGCCACGGGCAAUUUCUCCAAGACAUUCAUGAUCGGGCGCGGAGGCUUCGGCAAUGUUUACAAGGGAACAUUAGACGGUGGACAUGUGGUCGCCGUGAAGAGGCUGAGCAAGGAUUCAGAUCAGGGAGCAGAGGAGUUCAAGAACGAGGCGAUCCUCAUCGCCAAGCUGCAGCACCGGAACCUGGUGCGCCUCCUCGGCUGCUGCACCGAGGGGGCGGAGAAGCUGCUCAUCUACGAGUACCUGCCCAACAAGGGCCUCGACGCCAUCCUCUUCGAUAGUGCGAGGAAAUCGGUGCUGGAUUGGUCGACACGGCUGGGGAUCAUCAAGGGCGUGGCAAGGGGGCUGCUCUACCUGCAUCAGGACUCAAGGCUGACGGUGAUACACAGGGACCUCAAGGCCAGCAACGUGCUGCUGGACGCCGAGAUGAGGCCCAAGAUCGCCGACUUCGGCAUGGCCAAGAUCUUCGGCGACAACCAGGUGAAAGCCAACAGCAAGCGCGUCGUCGGCACAUAUGGCUACAUUGCUCCCGAGUACUCGACGGAGGGCGUCUUCUCCGUCAAAUCCGACGUGUACAGCUUCGGCGUGCUGCUGCUGGAGAUCGUUAGCGGCGUUAGGAUAAGCACAACCAGUGGCAUCAUGGAGUUUCCUAGCCUGAUAGUCUAUGCAUGGCACCUGUGGAGGGAAGGGAAGGCAGGCAAGCUGGUGGAUCCGUCCAUGGCAGAGAGCUGUCUACAGGACGAGGCAUUGCUCUGCAUCCACGUCGGGCUCCUCUGCGUGGAGGACGACCCGAGCAGGAGGCCGCUCAUGUCGUCCGUCGUGUCCAUCUUGGAGAACGGAAGCGCGUCGGUGGUGCUGGCAUCGGCGUCUCUUCCGGAGCCGAACAAGCCAGGGUACGUCGGAAUGAUGGAAGAGAAGACCCAGAGAAGCGAUCUCGAGAACAGCAGGAACACCAUUGCCAUGACCGUUCUGCAAGGCCGGUAGCACAGUAGGGACUGCAACUUUCUUCUUCAGAAGGAAAGGUGCACUUAGUUCUAGCGUUUCAUUUUCUUUUCUUUUUUACCGUGGGAAAAAACGGAUUUGUAGAGCAUUUUUUACUGGUACAAAUGAAAUAUGUAUUUACAGGAGCGUUGAGUUGAUUUGAUGUGUCUUGAAAUGGAUGGUAUUGGUAUGAA